AUGCUCUCGCGUGGUCGCCCGUGUCUAAGAAGGCGUCUAUCUGCCGUCUUGGACACUGUCGCGACUGGGCCCGAUGAACCACUUCUGUUCCUCUAUCCCCGCUGGGCUGCGCCUGCCUUACAGCAACGUCGCCGUAUAUCUUCUCUGAAGGCAAUCAAAGCUCCAGUAAGGAUCGGUGGUACUUCCGGUGCCCAAUUCCGCGCCGCAGUCCGCCCUUCUCCCUCGCUCUCUCGACACUCGCGCCAAUGGAUUUCCUCUGGCUCUCCUUGCCGGUCCCCCGAUACUUCGAGUCCUCUGUCAUCUUCUGCAGCAGAUAAAACGCAAUUGAGAGACCACGAAGGCAGCAACCAUGGCUCCGAUGGUUUGGAUGGGAGUAGUGGAAGUCGGCUCUCGGCGGAUCAGAAGCAAUCUUUCAAUUCCCCUGCAGCUGCCGAAAGCGCCAUUGCGAAACCGCUAUAUGGCUUCGCUUUAAUACGAGCGAAGAGAAUACAGAAAAGCCGAUUGCCCAACAAACCCCUGAGCGCCAAAUCUUCGGCUUCCAACAAGAAACAGCUUUUUGUACGAAACACAUCCAUUCGAGAUCGGAAGAAAUUGCGGUCUCGUGCAUAUAUGAGGAAACAGUAUCAAAAGAGUUCCAUGACGCUCAUCGACAAGGCUUGGUUUGAUACGAAGGACGUUCUUGAUCAGUUAUAUCAUGAUAACCGGAGAAACGCUAAGAAAGUCCACACGAACAAGAAGGAGAUAUAUGUCCCGGAGGAGACACUCGCUCUGUUUUCUGGUGUGACGCGGUAUACGCUGAAGGAGAAUAUUUGGUAUAUCCCGCUUCAUAAUGGAUGUCGUGUGCAUAUUCUUCCUGCGAGUCAGAGCAAGGGAUUACUUCGUCGAGUGGUUUUGAGUGCCACGGAUCAUAUUAUGGGCCUGGUGGAAGGGCAUUUCACCCGCGCACAGAGCUUACAGGAGAUGGGAGAUCCGCUCGUUGAUAUUCAUAAACCACCCGUUCCGAUGUGCAUAUCUCGAGGCGCCAUGCAGCGUUCGGACCUCCCUGUACCAUUGAUUCGAGGAUAUUGGCAUUUCGGUGAAUCGUCAGACGGCGGCUCGAAUUUGGACGAAAUUCUACUGCCUCGCCCGGUUAUCGCCACGGUGAAGGAGUUCAAUGAACAUGUUGAGGAUCUGACAUCUGCAAGGCAACCAACGCUUGAUGAGAAGGCUAUCUCUCUAUCAAAGCUUCCACAUGUGAUUCGCGUCAAACAACAAUUGCAAGCGCUGUUUUCACACGAGUCAAACUACAACUAUAUCUCGACUGCGGCUUUGAACAGUGCACUGGAUUUCCUCUGUCGACAUGAGUUCCUCGAUACUGCCCGAGACUUGUGUUCACGCACGGGACAUGUGGCUACAACUGACACAUAUAACAUAUUGCUGAGGGCUGCUGCGCGGCGUCAGGAUGUGGUUGUCUUCCGUCAUUUCCUACGGACAAUGCCUCGAUUGAACAUUCGUCCUAAUCCAGAAACAUGGCUUGCAUUGCUCAGCGCCCUGGUUGUUCCCAGUGAAAAAGCACGACUCAUCGAACAUAUGGUACAGCAUGGUCACAUGUCGAAUCUCUCAACCAUCCAUAGUGCACUCCAGGAAACGAUUCAAGAUUCGCUUUUGGUGCACUUGGACAGCGGGAAAGACAUAGACUCUUUCAUUGACCUAAUGACGGCCACAUGGGGUGCCAAUUGGUUCAGCCCUUCGGUGAUUGGCCAAAUGUUCAGUGUUGUCGCUCGAUUGAAAGAUUUCGACUCCGUAGACCGGCUCAUGGAAAUCUGCGUCGACAACUCCCUGGCCGUUGACAGCUAUUCGCUCACCCACAUCGUGCAAGCGCUGGGUGCAAACAUCCACGCUGCUCUGCAGUAUACCUUGCGGUUCUUCGAAAUUCCAUUGUUCGACGUAUCUUCCCGAAAUUGGGAGGAUUUAUUCCUAGCGGCCUUCAGGAACGGGCACUACAACCUCUGCUUGGUGAUCUGGCGGUAUGCAUGUAUGAAGAAAAGCGUGACCUAUAAGAUGAAACAGACUGUCUUGACCUCCUUGUGUCGCAACGCGUGCCGUGGUCCAUCCACCCGACUUGACAAGAAUCUGUGGGGUUCCGACGCCGGCAAGGUGAUUGUUGGAAUUGGCUUGCAAAAUGAAAGUUACGCGCUUCCAGAUUCCAUUCUGAACGAUAUUCCCUCGGAGUUCCGUCACAACCCCGUUCUCUAUCUUAUCGGAUGGAAACCCCGAGGUGAAAAGCGAAACCUCCAAGUCCGUCUUGCCAAUGCCCUCGUUCAGCGGGACAUCUUACUAGGUGCUACUCGCUAUCUUCCUCAGCAUCCUUCUCCAAUCAUGCUCGAUGCAGCAUCCAUUUUGGACAAGGAAUGGCGCGGUGUCCCUCGCCCUCUAUCUUGGAAGAUGCAAAACGCCAUUCACGUUCCCAUCGCCCGCAAAGACCAAGACAAACCCCAAGACGAAGCCCAGCACCAAUAA